AUGGCAGCGUGUGCGCCCAAGUCUCGUCUUCGGAAACGCCCGGAGGAUGGGAGGGUACUCAACAGCGAUGGUGGCCCGCCGUCGAAAAAGGCGACUUUGUCUGAUUCUACGUCCCUUCUUUUGAAUACCGAUAUGGCAACAGUAUCAUGUUCUGGCUUGCCUAUCCCGACCGACAACACCCUUGGGGCACCGGGGAGCGCCAUCGACGACGCCGCCAUAUAUGUACAGCGCAUCAUGGGACCGAAAAGAGGAUAUGACAAAACACGCCCCCCUCCUGCGACGCCGGCUACUAUCCAGAGAGAACGACGAAAUAGUGGAGCAGUAGGAGAGUCGAAAGAAGGGGGGGGCACACGAGAGAGCGAAGGCGUUACACGUGUGCCAAGUGUCAGGGGCGACGAAAGGGGAAUUCGCAUGCAGCUCGCUCAGACCUGCCACCAACAGAGGCGGAGGGCCUCUUCCGUUGAUCGUGCCGAGUCCGGUAACGGAGGCACGCAGGACGCACAUCGCGGAAGAGACUCUGAACGCCCUCGUAGUGCUUCGAUCCCGUCUCCCAGCGCCGGUCGCGUGAUGCUCUCAUCCUCUCCGGAGAAAGACACAACCGUAGAGAGGCGGCAAGCAAGCGGAGGAUUAGCGUACCGCACAAUUAACCAAGCAGCUGCUGAUGAAGCUGAUUCCUCUAAUUCAUCACGACACCAACCAACUACCAUUACGUCGCACCGGACGUCACCCGCCGCGUGUAUGGUGGUUGGUGGUACUUCCUCCACAUUGCAUGCUUCAUCGCCAUCCCCUGCCGGCCCCGAUGCCUCGAGAAAGCCCGGGUCUCAAGCGGCGCAGGGAGGGGACUCAUCUGCUGCCGCUGGCGCGGUGCGAUCUGGCUCUUUAGCCUCGGGCGCACUGUCGUCGUCAUCGUCAAGUUGUCCGAACUUGCCGUCAUCGGCUUCAGCUACCGUCCCGGACGAGGCUUUCGCCCCACGUGUCUCCCCCUCCCUUUCGGUAUCCUCGAGCAGUGUAGUGCUUCCAUCGUGGCUUAAGCAACUAUCUUCGUCGACUUUACCAUCGAUGCUGUCUCGGUCCCCGCCAUCCGUCGCGCCUCAGUCUGUUCCUCUGCUAUCUCUCCCGUCGUCAUCGUCAGAAGAGCGGAGGCGAGCAGGAACGAGCGAGCCGCGAGGAAUCGAAGCUGUGCCACGUCAAUCUGAAUUUUCCGUAGCGCUUGCGAGCUGCUACGUUGCACGUGCUGCAGCUCCAGGGCAUCCUUCCUCUCUCUCGCUCCCAGACUCGGUUUCGCAGAGCACUGCGCCAGGCAGAUCGUACUGUUCUGUUGAUGGCGCAGAUACGCGGUCGCCGGCUGGCAGCAUAAAAUCCUCGUCAGGAACUGGCGACAACAGUUCUCCACCAGGGGGGAUAACAGAAAGAGCGGCAAAUGUUUUCCGUAUCGAUGCUUCGGCGACGGUAGUUCCAGCAGCGCCUGCGCUGUUGGGGAACCGGCAGACACGUUAUGUCGGUCCAGUGACACCAGGAGAGGAGAAAACAGGAGGAGGGACGCCGCCCCGAACUGAGACAAUGACCCCUCUUGUAAAGACAGAGGCAGGCGUCAGUUCGUCAUCCGCUCCGGGAGAGGAUACUAAAAGGCAAGUGGAAGAUCCAGAAGGAGCGCGGACUGCACCGCGUGCGGUGUCUGGCGGACGACCGCAGGGUGACGCCGGUACGGAACCUUCGUGUGCCUCUGUUUUCCCUCCGCGGACGUCGUCCUCGAGCGCGACGGCACAGCAAGGUGACCGGAGCGAUACGCUUGUUCGCGCCUCUCCUCAGAGCACCGCGAACUCUCGGCCGGAGCUGACGGCCUCCUCAUCUUCCCCUCAUUCCGUGCCUGUUGAGGCCGUGUUGCAGUCGUGUGCGCCGUCGAUUUCUCCUCAACCAUCGCACGCUUCCUCGUUGUUUGAUUCGUGCUUCGCGUCAAAAGCUAGUCGGUCGGGUGGCGAGGCACUUUCAGGUAGUAUGCACAUUAAUGCAGACGCGAGGAUCCGAUCAGGUGCGCCGCAGUAUCUCAUUUCCCCCCUUUCCUCAGCGAGCAUUUCGGCUUCUAGCCCUCUCUCUACGGCUCCAACUCUUCCUCGGAGCUCACGCAGCGGAAACAGCAGAUUGCUUGCAGCUUCCUCAGAGCCCCCGGCUGCCUCCCUGGAGGCACAGCUACACAGCGCAGAAGAACGUCGGGCCCUGUUGAGGAGUCUUCUUCGCGGUGGAGCUCCAGGUCGUCCCGAGUGGCCCUCGCCCUUGGAGACAAAGACGUUGCUGGAAACCGCGGGCGUCACUACGGGGCGUUUUCACUCUGAACGAUGGUUUGGUUGGGGUAUCGAGCCCUUUCCCACUGCUCGCGUCUUGGAGUGGAGGCUCGCCAGGAUACUUGGGCGCCCCGUCAUCGACGCAGCUGCCAGAGGAGACGCCACGGUGUGGGGUAUUCUCUGUCUUACCCUCGGAGCGGUUCUGCUAGGGGCAGAUGUAGGUGAACUCCGGGCUGGGUUUCAAAGACAGGGCUUACCGGUCCCGGCCUCAUUCGCUGACGACCGCGGUCCUGCGGCCAGUGGGGGAGGUGGGGAAAGCCACUAA